CCCCAAAACCCCUUCUAGUCUGAUUAAGGUUGAAUAAAUAAUAACUCGCUGCUUUUUCUUUGUUUCUUAAAGUAUUUUAAACACGCUUAUCCUUCAUCUAUCCAUUUAUUCAGCAAGCUAUUGCUUAUUUCUCAUCCAAAAUUAGCUGUUAAAAGACCCAAAAGCUGUCUCAGUCAUCCUUUGGAUUUGGCUUUUAAUCCUGGCAGAAUAUCUACAGAAAAUUGGUAAAUCGGUAAACUCUGGAACUCUUUGAGCAUAAAAUAACUUCUCCAGCCAUAAUAUAGCGGGAAAGCGACAACCUGAAGCCUUCAAAGGUGAUAACUAGUCUGGUAAUCUUGGAAUGGUUCCAGCCGCUUCAUCCUUCAUUUGAAGCUUUAUGAACCACUUCUCCAGUUCACCUAAAUUUGACUAUUUAAGCACCAAAUUUUCCAUGAAAUUUAAUAAUAAUUAAAUUUGAAGAAGGCUUAUGGGUAACUAUAAAGAAAAAAUCCGAUUAGUGCUUUCAGAACAGAACGAAAAUAAUAAGUUGAAAAGGAUCAGUAUCGAGACACCUGAAUAUAUCCCUUAUUACCGUUGCAUCCUGUACUCCUUACUUAAGAAGUUGUGCCAGCAAGGUUUUGGAGUCGAAUCGACCAACAUUCUUAAGAAAUCGGAAGUCAAAAAGAUUAUGUUUAAUGUCAUUAAAAGAUUCUACAAUUGAAAAAUGAUCACAAAAGCCCAGAAAGACGUAAUUAAAGCAGAUCGCAAGAACAAAGGUUCUGGGUCUUUGGAGUACCUCCUCAUUGACGUGAUCGAAACAAUUGAAAUUUGCAAGAAGGUGAACAACGGAGUUUAUGAAUUUGACAAGAAAAUGAUUAAAAGACUUACAACAGUUUUUAAUGAGGAAGACAAAGCAGAUAUUCUUAAAGCCCUCGAUGGCCUUCUUAAGGAUCUCUCUAGUAUAAAGAAGACAGCUUCAAUGAAGCUCCUGUAAUUGCGUUAUAUACUGCUUAUGGGGCUCUUUUACUAGAAUAGAC